AUGGCUAAUCAUUUAUCACUAUCGUCUAUCGUUUCAUCCAGAACACCAACCGAUGAAAUUCUUCGUUCCUCAACUGCUUCAAAUUUAACGCCAACUACGUCAGUGGAAAUUCACCAUGAAAGGAAUGUUCAUAUCGCUAAUAGCGCAAAGAACACGAUACCGAAAUUCAUUACACAACCGCCAGAUUACAACCAAAUUGUACCGACUUUAAAGUCCAAUAAGGAACAAAUGCGUAAAUGUAUCACCAUUGAUUUAUUAACAGCAAGUCAACGAGAAGCAAAUUUUCUACGGAUGAUUGAUAGAAAAGCAUCAAUUUUAUACAAAACAAAUGUCGUCUUAAAUGCUAUUCGACGCUAUGAAUGCUUUUGGUUGCCUAUGCAGGUAAAAAUUAAAUUAAUUCUUAAUUAA